AUGAUUCAACCAUCUCUAUCGGAACAGGUGACCAUGUCCGCCGCCGUGCCCGGUCGUCCGUCGCGGUCGGCCUCGAGGAUCGUGGCCAGGCCAGCGGACGGGUUCCACCUCCUGCGCAUCGACGGCUACUCGCACACCAAGACGGUCCUCCCCGGCCAGAAGCUCUCCUCCCAGCCCUUCUACGUCGGCGGCCACAGCUGGCGCGUCGACUACUACCCCAACGGCCGCGACGAGUCCAGCAACUCCGGCGCCAUCUCCGUCUACCUCCAGCUGACCGACCCCACCAGGAGCCCCCAGCAGGCGCGGUACAAGUUCAGCCUGCUGGACCGGGACGGCGUCCCGGCGUACGAGCUCCCGGCCGAGACAGGCUCCUUCACCGGCGUCUUCCCGAACGUCCACGCUCCCUACGGCCCCGCCAUCGGCGACGGCGACGGCGAGGAACCAGCUGGGCCAGGACGCGGCCACGACGAGUUCAUCUUGAAGGAAGAGCUGGAGAGGCGCCGCGGGGAUCUGAUCCGCGACGACUGCAUCAUGAUCCGGUGCGACGUCGGCGUCACGCAGGUCGACUUUUCCUGCCUGGCGCAAGACGAGAUCGUCGGGGACGACGACGGGGCGCACUACGCGGCAUCCCCGGUGUACGGCCCGUAUGGCCCUCCUCGCCGGCAUCCGCGCCAGCGCCAGCGUCGUCGUGCGGACGACGACGAGUACGUCAAGUGGCAUGGUGUGGCAGAUACAACAUCAUGA